ACCCUGUCUCUACUAAAAAUACAAAAAUUAGCUGGGCGUGAUGGCAGGUACCUGUAAUCCCAGCUGCUCCGGGGGCUUAGGCAGGAGAAUUGCUUGAACCCAGGAGGCAGAAGUUGCAGUGAGCCGAGAUCGUGCCAUCGCACUCCAGCCUGGGGGACAAGAGCGAGACUUCGUCUCAAAAACAAACAAAAAAUUAAAAAUUAUCUGAGUGUGGUGGCCCGCACCUGUGGUCCCAGCUACACGGGAAGCUGAGGUGGGAGGAUCUCGAGCUUGAGAGGUCAAGGCUGCAGUGAGCCGUGUUUGAGCCACUGCAUUCCAGCCUAGGUGACAAAACGAGACCCUGUCUCAAAAAAAUGAGUGGAUGUGUGGUUAUGUUUGUGUGACACUGACUGUAUGUGCAGCACCAAGUGUGCCAGUGAUUCUAGUGCUUGACCCACGCAGAACCUUUGAAGUUAGGACAGAUUCUGGCCCUGGACAGUAGUGACCUCAGCCUUUCUGAGUGACACUGGAUUUAGGCAGAUGCCUGGUCUUCUCUGACCGCACUCCCCUAUAUGCCAGGUGUGGUGGCGAGUACCUGUAGUCCCAACUACUCAGGAGGUUAAGGCGGGAGGAUUGCUUGAGCCCAGGAGGUGGAGGUUGCAGCGAGCCAAGAUUACAACACUGCAUUCCAGCCUGGGUGAUGAAACAAGACCCUGUCUCAGGAAAAAAAAAAAAAAUUAGUUUUUGAAACCAAGGACUCCGCACUUGUCCAAGAGAAGAAUCCAGAGAAAUCAGAGCAGGUCAAAUAGUUCUAAAAGCCAUGGCCCAGGGACUGGUGACAUUUAGGGACGUGGCCAUAGAGUUCUCUCUGGAAGAAUGGAAGUGCCUGGAACCUGCUCAGAGGGACUUGUACAGGGAGGUGACUCUGGAGAACUUUGGUCACUUGGCCUCACUAGGACUCUCCAUUUCUAAGCCUGAUGUCGUCUGCUUAUUGGAGCAAGGGAAAGAGCCCUGGAUGAUUGCAAAUGAUGUGACAGGACCAUGGUGCCCAGACUUGGAGUCCAGGUGUGAGAAAUUUCUACAAAAAGAUAUUUUUGAAAUCGGGACAUUCAACUGGGAGAUAAUGGAAAGCCUUAAAUGCAGUGACCUGGAGGGCUCCGAUUUUAGAGCUGACUGGGAACGCGAAGGCCAGUUUGAGAGACAAGUCAAUGAAGAGUGCUAUUUUAAGCAAGUGAGCGUCACCUAUGGACAUAUGCCCACGUUCCAGCAUCACACGUCUCACACUGUACGUCAGAGCAGGGAGACUGGUGAGAAAUUGAUGGAAUGUCAUGAAUGUGGGAAAGCAUUUAGCCGUGGCUCACACCUUAUUCAACAUCAGAAAACUCACACUGGUGAAAAACCCUUCGGAUGUAAGGAAUGUGGGAAGGCCUUCAGCCGUGCCUCACACCUUGUUCAGCAUCAGAGAAUUCACACAGGUGAGAAACCUUAUGACUGUAAGGACUGUGGGAAGGCCUUUGGUCGUACGUCAGAACUUAUUCUACAUCAGAGACUUCAUACUGGUGUCAAACCUUAUGAAUGUAAAGAAUGUGGGAAGACCUUUAGGCAGCAUUCACAGCUGAUUCUGCAUCAAAGAACCCACACAGGCGAGAAACCCUACGUAUGUAAAGACUGUGGCAAGGCUUUCAUUCGUGGCUCCCAACUCACUGUGCAUCGGAGAAUCCACACGGGUGCCAGACCCUAUGAGUGUAAAGAAUGCGGGAAAGCCUUUAGACAGCACUCACAGCUGACUGUACACCAGCGAAUCCACACUGGUGAGAAACCCUACGAGUGUAAGGAAUGUGGAAAGGGCUUUAUUCACAGCUCAGAAGUUACUCGACAUCAAAGAAUUCAUUCUGGGGAGAAACCCUAUGAGUGUAAGGAAUGCGGGAAGGCUUUUAGACAGCACGCACAGCUCACACGACAUCAGAGAGUCCAUACUGGCGACAGACCCUAUGAAUGUAAGGACUGCAGGAAGGCAUUUAGUCGUAGCUCAUACCUCAUUCAACAUCAAAGAAUUCAUACAGGUGACAAACCCUAUGAAUGUAAGGAAUGUGGGAAAGCCUUUAUUCGUGUUUCACAACUGACUCAUCAUCAGCGAAUUCACACUUGUGAGAAACCCUAUGAAUGCAGGGAGUGUGGAAUGGCCUUUAUUCGUAGUUCACAACUUACCGAACAUCAGAGAAUUCAUCCUGGUAUCAAACCUUACGAAUGUAGAGAGUGUGGGCAGGCAUUUAUUCUUGGCUCACAACUCAUUGAACACUACAGAAUUCAUACUGGUUAGAAAGCCUUGAGUGUGAGGGAUAAAGAUAAGCCUUUAUGUGGAGUUCACAUCUGGCUCAGUACUAGGUAAUUUUUAAUGUAAUGUAAUUAAUGUCAGAAAACACCUGUCACUUCCAUCAUAGAACAUCAGAAAACUCACACCCAAAGAAAAUUAAAUAAAUGUGGGAAUUCUUUUUGCCUCA